GUAAUUCGAAUAAUAUUACUGUAGUCACUUUAAAGAAAAAAAAAACACCAUCCACUGAUUGACAGUCUACUUCAGCGGCCUAGCUUUAUUGACAGUCUGGUUGACAGUGUUUUUCAAAGAACAUUUUCAAAGCGCAUUUAUAAUACUACUGAACGAGCAUUUUAUAUUUAAAGAAAAUCAUAAAAUUGUUUUUGAAGGUUGACAGUGUUGAUCAAUUGAAUGCAAGAUAAUAUUAAUAAAUAAAUACAUUCUGCAAUUUGCAAAGUACCAUUAAAAUGAAUUCAUGGACAGAUUAUGGUUCUAUCUUUACAGUGUUUUAGAUAAUACUAUUCGUAUAUAUUUUUGAAAUUAUAAAUCAUUAAAUCUCAGAACACGAAAGGACAUUAAUCGAAAUUCUAGUGUAUUACAAUACAAUGAGGAAUGGGAAACCGAAUAUCGCACUGCACUAACAGACACAACGCUAUUAGAACAAUUCUUAAAAUUAAUUUACUAAAAUGCCUGCGUUUUAUUGCCGAUUCUGUGCUGAGCUAAAGGCUGCGCAAGAAGUUAUUCACUUUAGCAAACCUUCGCGUCACGAAAUAUUAGAGAAAAUAAUUACAAUGAAAAUUGAUUUUGUGGAUUUGACUGACAAAUUGUUGCCUGCAAUCAUUUGUAAUAUAUGUUUAAGCACACUAAAUAGAUUCUACUCCUUCAUAGUAAAAGCUAGGAAUUCUCAAAAUGUUUUAAGCAAUAUAUUUUCAAAUGAACGCCCAAUGGAUAGUGACAAUAAUUCUGAUAAUUUUGCUGAUGAUAGUAGUGUAGUCCUAGGAGAUAGUCUUUCUAGAUUAGAUGAUAAAAGUAAUAAGCAAACUUUAAAAUUUCAACCUUCUCCAUGGGAUUUAUACUUUUGGCUGUGUGGACAUUGUCACUUGAGAUUCAGUUCUUUAUCCAGUGUCCGUAGCCAUUGUAUAGCUGAUCAUGGAGUUUGCUGCAGCUGGCAAUGUGCUGACUGUUUAGAGAGGGUUGAUGAGUAUGAACUAUUUAUCAAACACAUACAGACACAUAAUAGUGAGAUGUUGAAUUAUUGCGAACAGUGCAAUGUAAAGCUAGAAAAUGGUCAUACCCACAGUGCCAUAGACCAUCCAAUGUGUAAAUAUUGUGGAGACAUAUUUGAAAGUCCAGAAUUACUUUUACACCACCAAAAUAAAUACCAAAAUGGAAAAGUUACCCUAGCUGAAACUCGUUUAUCCUUAGAAAAUCAGUGUAAAGAAUCAUGGAGCUCUUAUAAGUGGGCUUGUAAGUAUUGUGAUAUGAUAACGUUGAGCAAGGAAGCUCUACGGUACCAUUCAAGGCUAGUCCAUGGAAAAUGCUUUGGGAUGAAAUGUACCGAUUGUGAUAUUAGUUUAACAAAUUUUGUACAAUUUGUUGACCAUGUCAGAAUGCACAGAGAGAAUCUUAGGUAUUACUGCCCGUACUGUGACAUUCCUCUUACUGACGAAACACAUUUGAAACAGCAUACAGUUGAUUCCAUUAAUUGCAAUUCCUGUGGUGAGCUGUUUCAAAGCCAACGAGACCUUUGCGAGCACAUAUCAACCGUCAAAGAGGAUAUAAAAAUUACAUACAAAACAAGGAAAUCUAAAAGCAUCAAAAAGAUAGAAAAAGUAAUCACAGAAGAAGAUUUAAUUUGCAAUUUUUGCGGAAAGCGAACAAAAAGUCUGAAGUCACUAAGGUUGCAUAUGAAACGGCACUCGGACAGGAACAGAGACUACACCUGUGACAGAUGUGGUAAAACCUUCUUGACAAAGUCAACCCUAUCAGCCCACAUCAUAAUACACGAGAACCCUGAUCCCGAGGUCUGCAAGAUUUGCAAAAAGACCUUCCUAACUCUAACGAGGCUGAAGAAACACCAUCUUAAACGGAAACAUGGUACUACCUUAGCUAAGAAUGUCAUAACGCCGCAAGGGAAACUGCCUAUCAAUCCAAAGACAGGCAAGCCGAAGAAGUUGAAAGAUUUGGAGACAGUCAAAGAUUGGACAGAGAGUAUAAUGGGGAGUAAAAAGAGAGGAUGGAGUGAAUCUAAGGCGGUUGAUUGA